UGUUAGCGCUGCACAGCCAGCAGUGGGUGUCUCAUGUCCAGUGAGCGCUGCUCUGCAAUAGAGCUGUUAUAGUAUGUAGGGAAGACAAAAAGAAGUGGGCGUGUGGAAUUCUCCUCACUGCAGGUGUUUCGUCAUCACCUGAGCAGCUUAAUGGCGCUCUGAUACUCAUCCAUCCAGUUCUUAGCUGUCCAGUCAGGAGAGCAGACAGACAGUCGGGUGGUCAGGUGGUCAUCUUACCUCCUCCUGUUGACACUCCUAGAUGUAGCUGAUCCUCAGCCAUGCAGGCCUGAUAUCUUCACAGGUGAUUCCAUACCACUUGAUGCCUACAAUCAAGAACUCACCUGUCUGUGGUGUGACUGUGUAAGUUUGCGGGACCAGGUGACUGCAGAGUACAGGUUAACGAGCAUUGAUUAAGGUGCUGACAGCCAAUCACUGCUAUGUUCAGAGUCUAUGCUCUCCUCCACCCCACCUUAUGAGGACUCGCUCAAAUCGUCUCAGGAAAGCAACGCCACUGCAUGGAAAAAAAAUGACGGGCAGCCAAACCAUCGUGUGGGUAAAAGUAAGCUGUUGCUACCUGAGGACCGCCUGAUAGUGACGGACAAACCUCACUCAGGGAGCCCUAGCUCCACAAAAACCUACACGUCCAGUUGUUCAGGCUCAGCAGUUACAAAGACCACCUCGGCCUUGCAGCCGUGUCCUGCAAGUCCGGCGGACCAGAAGGGCCAUGAGGGGCAGUGUGAAAGACGAAUGAAUACCAAUGGAUUUGACAGAAGUAGACUGAGUGGCAACACCCCCACAACCAACGAAACCUCGACGUGGUUAGCUGAUGCCAGCAGCUCCAGCCAUGCCCAUCAGCGCCCAACCGAGGGCAUGCUCGCUUCGCGCCUAAUCUCUGGACAGGAGGGUCACCUGGUCUUGUCGUCCGGAUCUCAAGCUAAUCCGGCCCCUGCCUCGGCCAGUAGCCUCUUCCGCCCGCCACUCACGCUGCCUGAGGUGCCCACUCAGAGACUGUACCCUAACGUGGGCCAAUACCCCUCCCUAUACACAACCAGUGCCUCCAACCCCCUCUACUCCUCCCCCAUGUAUACCCUCCACGGCCAGCCCACCCACCUGGCCUCCGUGUCACCCUACAGCUCCUUAUAUCCGCAGUUUGCCAGCAGCUACGGCCAUGGCUCCCUGUUGGCCAGCCACUACCCACACAUUGAGUCCUACUCUGCCGUUCUGGCCAGUAUGGGCAGCCAUGUACAGCAGACUCAGCUACCUCGCUCCCCUUACUUAACUGGACAUAUACCUCAGUUCUCUGCGCUUGCCUCUUCCUCCUCCCACGCUCACAUGACCUCGGCCAACUCACCCGGGCCAAGUCUGCCUCACCUUUCCAACCAAUCUGUCGCCGGCCAGUUACACCCAGACCUGGGAAACAAGUCAAAGACCGAUUACGAGAUGAGAGGACGACUUACAAGUGCACCUCUGCCACUGCGGGACACCAAGCUCCAUGACCCCUCCUCUUCUCACUCCCCGGGAUCUCAGGGAAAAGCCUCCAAGGGGAGGGAUAACAUGAAGCAGGAUGGCAUUCCCAAAGACUUGGCCUAUAAGGGCGUUCCUUGUGGCAAGGAGGGAAGUUUGAAACACAGAAUUCUGACACGACCUCCUGAUAUUCAAAUCGACCGGCCUCCACUCAGUGAUGUUAAAGCGACGUUGUCUCCUCGAGUCAAAACAGAACUUCCGUCUCCUAAACGGACAAAAGCUAGUGCUUCGAUUUCCCAUUUGCCAACUGUUGCAGAGGUGGCACCCAGUGGAGGGUCAGUGAUGGCCCACGGGACUGCUGGGCGAUCUCACUCCCAUCCUGUGGGCUACACUCCUCCCUAUAUGGGCUCACAGCCACACUACCCUCCACACUUCAUGAAGGGUUCCAUCAUAGAGCUGGCCAAUGGUGACUUUAAACGUGUGGAAGAUUUAGAAACCGAUGACUUUGUUAAUAGUGCUCAGAUCAGCAGUGAUUUAAAAAUUGACUCCAGUACUGUCGUGAGAAUCCAGGAGAAUUACGAACGGGGAACAGCAAUACUGAGCUUCUCUGUCGGGGAACAUAGGGUACAGGUGACUGUUGAAGCAACAAUGGAGCACCCGUUUUUUGUGUUUGGUCGAGGCUGGUCUUCGUGUUCCCCAGACAGGACUCUUCAGAGAUAUGGUUUAGGCUGUAAGAAACUGGCAGUGGGUGAUGUGUGUAUAUCAUUGACUCACAAGGACGUCACGACGCAUGCGUCACAACUCAACAGAGAGCCUUCAGAACAACGGCGCAAAGGCCGCAACGGAGCGGGCUCAGUUAGGUUCACAACACCCUCACGCAUGCCUCCUCCAGCUAGAGUCAUGUCCCUUGAAGAAGGGCAGCGGCUGCAUUCGCUAAAGGAGAAGCAGACAACACAAGACAGUAAGGUUGUGGGUGAAGAGGCCAGCAGUAAAGUGUCCUUGUCACAGAGCUCUCAUCCUGAGAACAUGCCUCCACGGAAACGCCGCUGGUCAGCGCCUGACCAGGUCAGCGUAGAGACCGAUGCCGAGCCACCCAGUAAGAAGAGCCUAAAGGGCGAGAACAGUAAAUCACCAGGGGCGGAGCCUGCUGGUGGCAACACAUGAUAAUGGCUCACGUGCACAGAUUUAGGCAGUGGGCAAGCUGUUACAAUUCCGGGCUAUGAGUUGUGAGAACGCCCUGGGCUGUGAGGACUUCAGGCUAUGGGCAGUGAGAACUGUGGGCUGUGCGAACUCCAUGCAAUGGGCUGUGAGAACUCUGGGCUGUGGGCUGUGAGGGCUCUAGGCUGUGGGCUGUGAGGACUCCAGGCUGUGGGCAGUGAGAACUCGAAGUGAUGGGCUGUGAGGUAUCCAUGCUGUGGGCUGUGAGAAAGCCUGAGAAGGCUAUGCUAUGCGCUGUGACAAUGCCCUGCGAUGAGCUGUGAGAACACACAGCUAUGAGCUGGUAAAAUCCAAUGGGCUUUGAGAGCUACUGGCUUUGGGCUGUAAGAACUACAGGCUAUAAUCUUCAUUAGCCUGUGACAUACACAAAUUUCAUGUAUGAACAGAGCUUGACUGAGUAACCCGAC